UGCACACUCCAGCGCCGGUCCAGCAUGCCGGGUGCCACGCUCCUGCUGCUGGUCCUGCUCCCUGGGGUCGCCACCUCGCCCAGCGGGCCGCUUGCGCCUCCAUUCCCCGCGGCUCCUGGGCCCUGGCUGCGCCAACCCCUUUUCAGUCUGGAGCUGUCGGACGCCGAGGACGCCUUCCCGCGCCGCGCGGGGCCGCUCGAGGUCCCGGCCGACAGCCGCGUGUUCGUGCAGGCGGCCCUGGCCCGUCCCUCUCCGCGCUGGGGCCUGAUCCUGCACCGCUGCUCGAUGACGCCGUCCUCGCGCCCGGCCCCGGGGCCCGCCCUGGCACUGCUGCGAGGGGGCUGCCCCGCCGACUCCUCCGUCGUCCUCCCGCCACCGCCGGCGCGCCCAGGUGCUGCCGGUCCCGUGCGCUUCAGCUUCCGCCUGCGCCCGGUCUUCAACGCCUCGGUGCAGUUUUUGCACUGCCAGCUGAGCCGCUGCCGCCGCCUCCGGGGAGCCCGCCGGACACCUGCGCCUCUGACGCUGCCGCCGCCAUCGCUGUGUCUGCCUCAGGAUGAGGCGUGCACGGGCGCCGGCAGCGGCGAGAGUCUGGGUGCCGACGGUCCCCACCUGCACACGCUGACGCAGCCCAUCGUGGUCACAGUGCCGCGGCCACCCCCCGGGCCACCCAAGGGCAUCCCCAGCAAAGCCGUGCGUCCUGAGCCUCCCGCCCCGGCCCCCGCGGCCCUGGAGCCCGCGCCCGUGGUGGCGCUGGUGUUGGCUGCCUUCGUGCUGGGCGCUGCGCUGGCCGCCGGGCUCGGCCUUGUCUGUGCGCAUUCAGCACCCCCGAACCCCGGUCCCGCCCCGAGAGACUCGCCCAGCGGCCCCCAGCCCAGGAGGCCCCAAUAAGGCAGGUAAAUGGGCGGGGGGGGGGGUUGUAACGGGGGGCCUGGAGGACAGCUGGAAGAGGGAGGUAAUGAUAAUGACUUCAUAGGCUUUUCCUGUGUCAGGAAGUGUUCUCAAGGUUUCAUUAAUAUUAAUUAAUGUAAUCCUCAUAACAACUUUCAGGUAGAUAUUAUUAUAAUCCCCAUAUUAGAAAUGAAAAACAUGAGGCACUCUCUGAAGUAACUUGUCAAAGGUCACAAAAUUUGGUGGAGUUCAGACUCGGGCAUGGGGUCACCUGCACCCAGCUUCAGGCUCUGUGUCACAAGAGGGGUCCUCAGACCUGAACAAGUACUAGGCAAGGAGAAUUCGCGACUCAGACCUACCGCUCACCCUCACUCCUGCACACAGACUGAUGGAGGCGGCCAAUGAUCCGCUGGGAAGGGGGCGGCCUGCAUGGUGUCCCUCUGCUUCGCUCAGUCUGGGUAGCCCCUCCCCAGGGAUGGCACACCCCCAGCACGGUCCGGAGACACAACAGCCACGGCCUUGAACCAGGCCCGCCAGGACUGGACCAGCCGGGUGGACCUCAGACCCAGUGGGACCACUGUCUCUGCCUCCUGAACCCUCGUGCCCCUGACGGCUCCUCCUCUUUUUCGCACUUGGGCUCAAAAUAAACACCCGGUCUGACCUACUGA